AUGAAGGGUUUCAAUAUAUCAACCGCAAAACCUGGCCGUACAGCACUGAAAAAGCUGGAAGAUGAAAACAAGAAGAAGGUAAACAUCGGCAAUAUUCGCUGGUUCAUUCUUGGGACGGAAGUGGAGACUUCAUCUAGUGGCCGAUUUUACAAACCCACUUCCAAGUAUGAGGAGAAACAAACUAAAUCGGAGCAAUCUUCAGGUGAAUCAAAGAAACAAGUGACUGAAAAACCGAUGACGGAACAGCAACUUUGUGAAGCUUUUGGGCGUUAUGGCCCGUUGGCAAGUGUUAAAAUAAUGUGGCCACGCACUGAAGAAGAGCGUUCUCGUGGGAAAAAUUGUGGUUUCGUCGCAUUUAUGAACCGUAAAGAUGGUGAACGUGCACUGGAAAAUAUUAGGGGAAAAGAAAUACUUGGUUUCGAGAUGAAGCUCGGAUGGGGGAAAAGUGUGCCAAUUCCUCUUUAUCCAGUUUAUAUUCCACCCACAUUGCUGGAGUUGAUUAAAGCACCUCCACCCAGUGGCCUUCCGUUCAAUGCCCAACCACGAGAGUGGUUAAAAUCUGUCCGUCAGGUUAUAAAAGAACGAGCAAAGCUGAUUACAGAUGGAACUGAUCCUGACGCUACGGUCCCUCCAGGCCCUGACCGGAAACCUUUUGAUAUCAACAAGAUGUCAGAGCAAGAGCUUCAAGAAGUCCUCAAGGACGCAGUGGUUAAAGUGGUCAUUCCUAGUGACAGGUCUAUACUGGCGUUAAUUCACCGAUUGAUUGAGUUCGUCGUGUUGGAAGGACCUCAAUUUGAGGCUGCUAUCAUGCAUCGCGAGCAAAAUAACCCACAAUACAAGUAUGCAUUCAGUUCCGCUUUUUAUAUGCUAAAUCUCAGGUUUUUGUUCGACUACCAGUCUUCCGAGCACACCUACUAUCGUUGGAAAUUGUGGUCCAUUCUCCAUGGCGAAAGUGUAAACAAGUGGCGGACCGAAGAGUUUCGCAUGUUUGAGGGCGGGCCACUUUGGCGUCCACCACCCAUGAACCUGUUUUCAGGCGGUAUGCCUGAGGAUCUUGUCGAGGAAGACGAUUAUCCCUAUGCUCCCGGCUAUAUCCCACCACCCGAUGCGAAACGAAGGGAUGCGGACGGAACGUAUGAUGAUACUUAUUCAGAAGCCAUGGCCGCUUCACGGCGUUGUGGCCUUACCGAGGCGCAACGGGGUCGAUUCGGCCAAAUGUUGUUGGAUUUAGAACCAUGUCGGGCCAAUGUUGGCGAUGUGAUGGUCUGGUGCUUGGAACAUGCGGAUUCCGCGUCAGACAUAGCGGAUUGCAUUGUGGAAUCACUGUCACCGGAUGGUGCAUCCUCCAUCGCAUCAGAAAAGCCGGGCACAGAUGCUGAAUCAGAGGCUGUCGUGGAGGCGGAAAACACAUCCAAUAAAUCACCCGUACCCAUCACUAAGUCACUCGCGAGACUGUUCCUCAUUUCGGAUAUUUUGUAUAACUCGUCAGCAAAAGUACCCAACGCGUCCUUCUUCCGAAAAUGCUUCGAAGCUCGCUUGCCGGAUGCUUUUAAAAGUUUACACAUACACUACCGAAAUGCAGAAGGAAAACUCAAAGCCGAGCAAUUAAAGGUGGAUGACGAGGCUGAACUGGCUGGUAUCCCACUUGGACCGGAAAUUGCUAUGUCGGAUGUAUCAGGAAAUAAAUUAAUGACAUUAGAUACGGAUGUAGAAAUUCUGGAUGGGCAGCCUUUAGUUCAAUAUGACGGUGAUCCGCUCGAUGUGGAUGGUAGUCCACUAUCAGACGACGCCAUUCAGGAGACUAAUUUAUCCACCUCUCGGUCCAAAGCUGUUCCUAGUACGGAUUCGAAGAUAACCAGUGAUUCCAAUGACACCAGUCGAUUGUUCGUGCCUAGCAAAUGGGAAACAGUGGAUCCCGAAGUUGUGGAGUCAGAGGCUGUGACGACAACCAGUCGCUGGGAGCUUCUUGUUGACCCUGCUACACAGCCAUCUGGCAAGCAAACUGACGAGAAACCUGGUCGUAACGCAGCGCAUUUCGGACGGUGGACAGAAGAGCCACCAGAUACAGCGGACGAUGAUGAUUUAGAUGGACAACCACUUACGGGGUUGACAGGACUCGUUGCAUACGAUGAUGCCGUCAGCUCAGCUUCUAGUGACGAUGAUAAUCCUCCACCACCGAAAGGUGCAGUUAUUCCGCCAAUUUUGUCCUUAAAACCCGCCGAUUCCUCAAGAGGAAACCCGAGUACUCCUACCAAUAGCCUCUCUGAAGAGCGACGCGCUCAACUUCGCGAGAUAGAACUCAAAGUCUUGAAAUAUCAGGAUGAAUUAGAGGCUAGUCGAAAAGGUGACGCAACCAUAACUGAACAAGCCAUCAGCAAGCAAAUCCAGCGUUAUCGCGAACGUCUCCUGGAGCGGUUGAAUGAGGAUGAUAUGGGAAGUCCCCUUAGCAAACAAUCCGCGAAAUCAUCCAAAACCAAAUCGAACAAAAACAAUCAAUCUUCACACUCGCCCAAUCAUACUUCUAGUUCCAAACGUCGUCAAGAACACAGCCGGGAUAGAUCGGAUUCUCCUUUGGUACGACGAGAUCAACGAGAUCGUUCACCACCCCGGUCAUUCCGUGAUCGUGACCGAACUCGUCGACGCCCCCCUAUUUCCCCCUCCAGUCCUUCAGACCUCGGUUUCGAUGGCAUGUAUGCUAGUCCGGCCCGAGGCGAGCGUAGGGAUGACAUGGACGAAUCAGGACGUGAGAGCACUCGCCGUCCACGUUCCAAUACUUGGGAGUCUGAGGAAGAUCCAAGCGAUUAUCGGUUCCGUAAUAGACGGACGACUGAUGAACUGGAAGAGGGAGAGGCUAGCGAUGAAGAAGAUUGCAGCUCCGUUCACGCGGGAAACCAGCGUACACCGUCUAAACGAAAGUCCAAUGAAAAUGAGGGUGAACGUUCCUCCAAUAGUCCACGAACGACCCGCAAACGGCGUCGUUCCCGCUCUCCGAAUCCAUCCCCAUCCUCGCGCCACUCUCGGCGAUCCGGGACACCCUCCCCGGAUCGCAAACGCACAACACAUUCCGAUUCUUCUGGUAGUCGUCACAGACGAAGAUGA